AUGGCCGGCACACCAAAUUACGAGGAGAUUGCUAAGCAAUUUAUCCAAUUUUACUACGACAAGUUCGACACUGACCGCAAGGACCUUGCCUCUCUUUACCGCGAUCAGUCUAUGCUGACUUUCGAGUCCGCCUCUGUUCUCGGUGUCAAUGCCAUCAUCGAAAAGCUUGCCGGUCUUCCUUUCGAGAAGGUCAAGCACCAAGUAUCUACCCUGGAUGCCCAGCCCGGCGUGGCUGAGGGCGGUGUCGUCAUCCUCGUCACCGGCCAGCUUCUUGUCGAUGAGGAGCAGCGCCCCAUGAACUAUACCCAGGCUUUCCAGCUUGCCUUUGACCCGGUCGCAAACUCGUACUUUGUCUGCAACGACCUGUUCAAGCUGGUCUACGGUUAG